GUCACCCUCGAGGCAGCACAGAGCUGGCCAAGCAGCACUGACAUGAGCUCCAGAGGAUUCAAGUGGAGGUUCCAAGGCUUUGAGGUCAUAACUGAGCAGCCCUUAUGACCAACAUGAGCUGGAGCUUCCUCACCCGCCUGCUAGAAGAGAUUCACAAUCACUCCACCUUCGUGGGGAAGGUCUGGCUCACCGUGCUCAUCGUCUUCCGCAUCGUCCUGACGGCGGUGGGGGGCGAGUCCAUCUACUCCGAUGAGCAGAGCAAGUUCACCUGCAACACCAAGCAGCCGGGCUGCGACAACGUCUGCUACGACGCCUUCGCGCCGCUGUCGCACGUCAGGUUCUGGGUCUUCCAGAUCAUCAUGAUCUCCACGCCCUCCGUCAUGUACCUGGGCUACGCCAUCCACAGGAUCGCCCGCUCGGCCGAGGAGGAGAAGAAGUUCAAGGGGUUCAAGAAGAAGAAGCAGUUUGCCCUGAACUGGCAGGCCGUGAGGAACAUGGAGGACGCCAUGGAGGCCGACGAGGAGGAGCCCAUGAUCUCCGACGACGCGGCCGAGCACGAGAAAGCCAAGGCCAAGCCCAAGGAGCAGCAGAAGCACGACGGGAGGAGGCGCAUCCAGCAGGAGGGACUGAUGAAAAUCUACGUCUUCCAGCUCCUCACCCGGGCCUCCUUCGAGGUUUGCUUCUUGAUAGGGCAGUAUUUGCUCUACGGUUUCGAGGUGGAAGCGUAUUACGUCUGCAACAGGGUCCCUUGUCCCCACACCGUGGAUUGCUUCGUGUCCCGGCCCACGGAGAAAACAAUCUUCCUGCUGGUGAUGUAUGUGGUGAGCUGCCUGUGCCUGCUGCUGAACAUGUGCGAGAUGUUCCACCUGGGAUUCGGGACCAUCCGCGACGCCAUCCGCAACCGGAAAAUCAACAGCUUCCGGCAGCCCCCCUACAACUACGCCUACCCCAAAAACAUCUCCUGCCCUCCCGAGUACAACCUGGUCGUCAAAUCUGAGAAAUCCACCAAGAUCCCCAACAGCCUGAUGGCCCACGAGCAGAACUUGGCCAACGUGGCUCAGGAGCAGCAGUGCACCAGCCCCGACGAGAACCUGCCGGCGGAUCUGUCCACGCUGCACAAGCACCUGCGGGUGGCCCAGGAGCAGCUGGACAUCGCCUUCCAGAGCUACAGCAGCACCCAGGCCAACACACAGCCCUCUAGGACCAGCAGCCCCGCCUCGGGGGGCACCGUGGUGGAGCAGAACAGGGCCAACACCGCCCAGGAGAAACAAGGUGCUAAACCCAAGGCCUCGCUGGAGAAAGGCAGCUCCAGCAGUAAAGACGGGAAGACGUCGGUGUGGAUAUAACUCUGUCAGGAAGGAGAGAGGGCGGCGUGAGCCGGGUUUUUAUUUUGGGUUUUUUUCUGGUUUUCGGUGUUGUCUCGCGUUUGUUUCGCAGGGCACGGUUUUUGUGUGGGAGUCAAGAGAGUAAAAGGAGUUUUGGACUGAUUUAGUGCUGUCUUCCGUGCGUUAACAAAAGACAUUUCUUCCUUGUUUCCAACGUGUUCUCCAGCUGAGAAUCUCCAGUGAGUAUAACAGCAAACCCCCCAUCUCCCAGCCCCUGGGUCACCACGGAGCCCCCAGCAGAGACUGGACAAUGUGCUGGGGUGGAAAAGGAGCUGCUGGUGGCUCAGGAGAGAAGUGAGGCUGACAGGGAUCAGCCACCCUUCUGCAUGGCAAGGCUCCAGUGCUGCAGGCCAGGCAGUGUUUAAUUACUAAAUACCCUUAAUCAAAUUAAUUUCCCAUCCUUUGGUAAGAAAACCACUGACAUAUUGCACGGACCUUCGUGGCAGGCUCACAGCUGACCUGCCUGGACUGGCAGAUGCCAAGGAAAACCUCGUGGGAUGCUGUGAGCCAGAGAUGGCACCCAUGUCAGGUCUGGGGCAGGAACACAGCGACUGCCUCACACAGGGAGACCUAAAACCAGCUCCAAACAGGGCUGAAGGUUUCAUCUUUUCUUCCUCUGCAUCGAAGCAAAAAGCAAAUCUGCUCCAAACCCUCCGGAGCAGGAGCGAGCAGUGACAUUGAGUCCUACUGGUGCCUGUGUAGCACUUGCUACAGAUGUGAUGGGAAUUGUUGCAGUUACAGAGUUUUUAACAAACUGCUGCUUCACAUCAUCUGAAAGUGCCUUUAUGCAACCAGGAAAACAAAAAGGGUAAAGGGUUUAGACUCCUUUACUUGCUCAAUUUUAGACAAUUGGCGUCAGGAAAUUUGGUUUUUUCUGAUUAAUCGAGGAAAAGCACUAUUGGCAAAUUUGUUUUUCUGAUUAAUCAAACCCUUAUAAAUAGUGGCAGGUGGCAGAACUAUG